GGCAUAUCCUACUCGGCAUUUCUUUUCUUUCCUUAACUCAGAGCAGGGGAAGGAAGCAAACAAGAAAACAAUAAGGAGGGAGGGAUGGUCCAAAUUCCCAAAGCUUCUUCACUGCUUCACCCUCUUCCCCGUUUCCACUAUCUCCUCCAGAUCUCUCUCACUUUCUAGAAAAACCUUUUUGGGCUCAGAGAUAUUGGAAGCCAAACAACGCACAAAGCCGCUUUUUCUCAGUUCACUUUUUACGGCUAUGGUUUUUCCUUGAAACCCGGAAACCGGAAAGCAAGGUGAUUUUCCCGCCGCCCGGCCAUCGAGUCAAAACACUCUCUGGACUCGAGUCCUCGUUUAUGGGGUGCUGCCAGUCAUGCUUUACCAAGCCGUCGAGCUCCUCCGACGACAAAUACCGCGUCCACGGCAACGACCAUGACCACCAGCCGACCACCGGCGCCGCUUCCCCUGCCGCCAACGGAGGCGUCCCGACGUUCACCGAGUUCUCGCUCGCCGACUUGAAAGCGGCGACCAACAACUUCAGCUCUGAUUUCAUCGUGUCCGAGAGCGGAGAGAAGGCUCCGAAUGUAGUGUACAAGGGACGUUUGGGUAACAACAACAGCAGUAGUGGAAUUAGUGAUGAUAAGAAGAAUAGCGAUCGGAGGUGGAUCGUUGUCAAGAAAUUCACCAAAGUCGCCUGGCCUGAUCCCAAACAGUUCGUUGAUGAAGCGUGGGGAGUUGGGAAGUUGAGGAACAAGAGGCUGGCUAAUUUGAUUGGUUACUGCUGCGAUGGAGACGAGAGGCUACUUGUUGCAGAGUACAUGCCUAAUGAUACUCUGGCUAAGCACUUGUUCCACUGGGAAAAUCAAACCAUUGAGUGGGCUCUGCGCUUGAGAGUUGCUUUGUACAUGGCAGAAGCUUUGAAUUAUUGUAGUGCUGAAGGUCGUCCACUGUACCAUGACUUGAAUGCUUAUAGGGUUCUGUUUGACGAGAAUGGAGAUCCCCGACUAUCGUGUUUUGGACUGAUGAAAAAUAGCAGGGAUGGGAAAAGCUACAGCACCAAUCUUGCCUACACACCUCCCGAGUAUUUAAAAAAUGGUAGAGUCACCCCAGAGAGUGUUAUCUUCAGCUUUGGUACAGUGCUUUUAGACCUUCUCAGUGGAAAGCAUAUUCCUCCUAGCCAUGCUCUUGAUAUGAUCCGUGCAAAAAACCUCCUUUUCUUGAUGGAUUCACAUCUGGAAGGGAACUUUUCUACUGAGGAGGCAACUGUAGUCUUUGAUCUAGCCUCACGAUGCUUGCAAUACGAGCCGAGAGAGAGGCCAAGCACCAAAGAUAUUGUUGAGACACUCUCCCCUCUGCAGAACAAGUCUGAUUGCAUGAUUAUACAGGUUCCUUCCUAUGUGAUGCUGGGAAUAUCCAAGCAAGAACAAGCACCACCGACACCGCAACAUCCUCUUUCUCCAAUGGGUGAUGCCUGCUCGCGAAUGGACCUGACAGCUAUACAUCAGAUAUUAGUAAUGAUGCACUACAAAGACGAUGAAGGAACCAAUGAGUUGUCUUUCCAGGAAUGGACGCAACAAAUGAGAGACAUGCUGGAAGCUAGAAAGCGAGGAGAUGUUGCAUUUCGUGAUAAAGACUUCAAAGCUGCCAUAGACUGUUACUCUCAGUUCAUAGACGUGGGAACAAUGGUUUCUCCAACAGUGUUUGCGCGGCGGAGCCUCUGCUACCUGCUCUGUGACCAACCUGACGCAGCUCUACGUGAUGGGAUGCAAGCGCAAUGCGUGUACUCAGACUGGUCGACAGCGUUCUACAUGCAAUCUGUAGCGCUGGCGAAGCUGAACAUGCACAACGAUGCAGCAGACAUGUUAAACGAGGCAUCUACUCUGGAGGAGAAGAGACAACGCAAAGCAUCUUGAGAUAUGGGAAAUGAUUGUGUGUCGUGGUGGAUUGAUGAUUAUUGAAUCGUAUAAAUUACAUUUUGGUUUAGGAUGGAUGGAGGAUUUUUGGUCUUUGGACCUGUGGUUGGGUAACUCUGUUGUUUAUUGGUUUGUUGUAGCCUUGUAAUUGAGGGGGUGUUCAAAGUGUGUGUAUAAAAGGCCAAAUGUGUUUAUUUUUUAGAGGGAAAAGAAGAAGGGAUUUUCAGUGUUCAGAAUUGUAAAAUAUAGAGUGGGAGAGGGGAAGGACAAAUAAUAUGAUUCUUGGGUUUAGACUUUGAUGUUCUUCAUUUUUCUUGUUCAACAAGUCAUGAAAUAAAUCUCUUGUUGUUUCGGAA